AUGCCUGUUGGAACCGUUCUCGUUACCGGUGGUACCGGCUACAUCGGCUCUUUCACCUCGCUCACUCUCCUUGAGCACGGUUACGAUGUCGUUAUUGUCGAUUCCCUCUACAACUCCUCAGAGGUCGCCCUCGACCGCAUUGAGCUGAUUUGCGGUCGCCGUCCCGCCUUUUACAAACUCGAUAUCACAGAUGAGAAGGCUAUCGAUGAGGUCUUUGCCAAGCACCCUGCCAUUGAUAGCGUCAUUCACUUUGCUGCGCUCAAGGCAAGUCGCAUUUCAGCCGUCGGCGAGUCUGGCGUUAUCCCUCUCGAGUACUACCGUGUCAAUGUCGGUGGUAGCAUCUCUCUCCUCCGCUCCAUGGAGCGCAACAACGUCAACAAUAUUGUUUUCUCCUCCUCCGCUACCGUUUACGGCGAUGCUACCCGAUUCCCCAACAUGAUUCCCAUCCCCGAGCACUGCCCUAUCGGACCUACCAACACCUACGGUCGCACCAAGUCCAUGAUCGAGGACGUUAUCACCGACUUUGUCAAUGCUCAGCGCACCAACUUGGAAAAGGAGGGCAAGGAGUUCAAGCAGUGGAACGGUGCUCUUCUGCGAUACUUUAACCCUUGCGGUGCUCACCCCACUGGUAUCAUGGGUGAGGACCCUCAGGGUAUUCCUUUCAACCUUCUGCCCCUCCUCGGACAGGUCGCCACUGGCGAGCGUGAGAAGCUCCUUGUUUUCGGCGAUGACUACGCCUCUCGCGACGGCACUGCCAUUCGAGACUACAUCCACGUUGUCGACCUUGCCCGCGGUCACUUGAUGGCCCUUAACUACCUCCGCGAGAACCAGCCCGGUGUCAAGGCGUGGAACCUGGGUUCCGGACGUGGCAGCACCGUCUUUGAGAUUGUCAAGGCCUUCAGCAAGGUCGUCGGUCGCGAUCUUGCCUACGAGGUCCGUCCCCGACGACAAGGAGACGUUCUUGAUCUUACUGCCAACCCCACCCUCGCCAACAAGGAGCUCAACUGGAAGACCGAGCUUACCAUGGAGGAGGCUUGCAAUGACCUCUGGCGAUGGGUCGAGAACAACCCCAAGGGUUACCGCCAAGAUCCCCCCGCCGAGCUUCUGGAGGCUGUCAAGUCUUCCAAGGCUUAA